AUGAAACCUAUUGUUUUAUUCGGAAAUAGCUUAUCGCGGGUUUUUGCCAAAAAGCCUUUUUUCGAAUAUCAGUUAGAAAUUUACAAUUAUUUCAAAGGGCAUCGGUAUGGCGGUUAUUUUGAAGGACAAAGACCCGUUUUGAUAAUCCUUGAUCCAGAAAUAAUAAAAGCUGUGACUAUUAGUGAUUCUGAUCACUUUAUAGAUAGGAGCACUAUUAAAACAAAUGAACCUAGAUAUUUAAGUAGAUCUCUUCUUAAUUUAAAGGGAUCAGAAUGGAAAGCAGUACGGAGUUUAAUAACACCGACAUUCAGCUCUGCUCGCUUAAAAAACAUGUUUCCUUUAAUACAACACUGUUCAAACCAGUUGGUUGAACUUUUAACACAAUUUGAGAAUUCUGAUAUUGAGUUAAAAGAAAUAACUGGCCAUUUCACACUUGAAGUAACUGGAGUAACAGCUUUUGGUAUAAGUACUGACAACCUAAAAGAUAAAAAUGCAGAAUUUUUUAAGAUAGCUGAAAAUUUUACCUAUAUGUCUAUUCCAAAGAGGAUGUUUUUCUUUUUCAUUUUGUUGUUUAUGCCUGCAAUGUUUAAAUAUAUUAAUAUAUCUUUUAUGAAUUACGAAUCAACAAAAAAAUUAGUUAAAAUACUGCAAAAUACAAAAGCGGAGAGAAUGACACAAGGAUCAAAACGAAGUGACUUUUUACAACUGCUAUUAGACAUUGCUAUAAGGGAGAAAAAAGAAAUAAAUAAUACUGAAGCCUCCAAACAACAUUUGGACGAUGACACUCUGGAUGCUCAAGCUUUACUGUUUUUGUUGGCUGGUUUUGAAACUUCGAGUACUUUAUUGUCUUUUGCGUUUCACACAAUGGCGGUACAACCGGAUAUUCAGGACAAAUUAAGAGCACAUAUAGAAGAAGUGACUAAUGGUCAAAACUUAUCCUACGAUCACCUCGCUCAGCUCGACUAUCUUGAGGCGGUUAUUUUAGAAACCUUAAGAAUGUAUCCGCCAUUGGGUAGAGUAGACAGAGUGUGUACUAAGCCAUACGACGUUCCCGGAUCUUCCUUACAUUUGAGGGUGGGUGAGAUGGUGGGGAUUCCCGCUUACGGUAUACACAUGGACCCGGAUAUAUACCCGGAGCCGAAAGAAUUCAGGCCGGAGAGAUUUAUGCGGGAGGAGAAAAAGGAGAGACCAUCGCAUUUGUUUCUCGCGUUUGGAGCUGGACCUAGGAAUUGUAUUGGAUCUCGGUUUGCGAUGGUCGUCGCUAAAACUGCAAUUGUUACUAUAAUUAAAAACUUCAAAUUCACGAGGUGCCCUAAAACAGAAUAUCCAGUGAAAUUACAUAAAACUUCGUUUUUGUUGAAGCCGGCGAAUGGAUUGUGGGUACAUGUUGAAAAAAUU